CGCUGUUUUCUCCCUUUCAGGUUUUUGUAGCCGCUUCUUUGCUCGAGUUAGGUCUCACCGAGCCCUAUUUCUUUCUCUAUGUACUUUGUGCGAGUAAGUUUUGGAGCAUCGGUUAACAGCCUGUGGGUGAAAUUUGGCUUUCGUUCAUGAAUGAGGAAUUAUUCUUGACAGAAGUAUUUUAAAAGAAAAAUCCUUGCAAUGGCCUCAGCAGUUCUUAGUUCUGUUCCCACUACUGCUUCUCGUUUUGCUCUGUUGCAAGUGGAUAGUGGCAGUGGUUCUGAUUCUGAGCCUGGAAAAGGCAAAGGUCGGAAUACUGGAAAGUCUCAAACAAGCAAAACAACUACAAAUGAGAAAAAGAGAGAGAAAAGAAGGAAAAAGAAGGAACAGCAACAGAGUGAAGCAAAUGAGCUCCGAAAUCUUGCUUUUAAGAAAAUUCCUCAGAAAUCCUCCCAUGCCAUUUGUAAUGCUCAACAUGAGCUUUCAUUACAAAACCCAGUACAAAAGGAUUCACGAGAAGAAAAUUGGCAAGAGUGGAGACAAAGAGAUGAGCAGCUGACAUCUGAAAUGUUUGAAGCAGAUCUUGAGAAGGCAUUGUUGCUAAGUAAAUUAGAAUAUGAAGAACACAAAAAGGAGUAUGAAAAUGCUGAAAAUGCUUCAACUCAGUCAAAGGUUAUGAAUAAAAAAGAUAAAAGAAAGAAUCAUCAGGGAAAAGACAAACCUCUCACAGUAUCACUAAAAGAUUUUCAAUCUGAAGAUCACAUUAGUAAAAAGACAGAGGAAUUGAGUUCUUCUCAGACUUUAUCACAUGAUGGAGGAUUCUUCAAUAGACUGGAAGAUGAUGUUCAUAAAAUUCUUAUUAGAGAAAAAAGAAGAGAACAGCUUACAGAAUAUAAUGGAACAGAUAAUUGCGCUGCUCAUGAACACAACCAGGAAGUAGUUUUGAAAGAUGGAAGAAUUGAAAGACUAAAGUUGGAACUUGAAAGGAAAGAUGCAGAAAUCCAGAAGCUGAAAAAUGUGAUCACUCAGUGGGAGGCAAAGUAUAAAGAAGUAAAGGCAAGAAAUGCACAGUUAUUGAAAAUGCUUCAGGAAGGUGAAAUGAAAGAUAAAGCAGAAAUACUUCUGCAAGUUGAUGAAUCUCAAAGUAUCAAGAAUGAGCUAACUAUACAGGUGACUUCACUUCAUGCUGCAUUAGAACAAGAAAGAUCUAAAGUGAAAGUAUUACAAGCAGAAUUAGCCAAAUAUCAGGGUGGCAGAAAAGGGAAAAGAAACUCUGAAUACGACCAGUGUAGGUGAUUCUAUUAGCCUUUGAGGUCAACACAAAAAUUAAAACUUUCAGGGUUUUCCAAAAAUGUAUAUAUUUAAUGCUGUGCAACUGCUAAACUAUGCAGUUUUUUGUUGAAGAAAUGCUUAAAACAAUUAGCUCACUAACAGUCUAUAGUUUUUUGUCCUUUUGGCUUAAAAUGAAAAGAAAGAUAGAAUUCCAACAGAACUCAAUGAUUAUUGUUUAUUAUCCAUACUUCUUAUUGCUUUAGUUUUUCAUCAGUCAAUAAAAUUAAUUUACUCUUCCAUUAA